AUGGACAACCCAAGCGCAUGCAUAAAUGCGCUACAAGUGAUCUCCGAAUUUCACCGUAAUUUGCCUAGAGAAUUUGGUACUCGAGUGAAGACUCUCAUUGCUGAGUUUGUCGUUCCCGGGCUCAUUCUGAGUCCUCUAUCGGAAGAAGUAGAAGAUUCUCCAGCAGACGACCUGCAGGUCCCAUUGGAGGAGCAACCAGUGUCUAGGUUCUGUCUCCCAAAGGUAUACGGUAUGAAAUUACUGGCUCGGUAUCUGUUCACGUGUAGUGGUGAAGUUGAAGAUGAUCCGUUGGCUUUGAAAACAUUUAAAAUGUUUGGGGCAUUCAUUCAAGCUGCUGGUGAUUUGCAUGAUAAAGACAAAAAUAUUUCGAAAGUCGAAAAGGCUUGGCUACGUGCUGUCGCUGGAGCCUCGCUGCUGAAGUUGUGCUAUAUCCAAAAAUAUUCGCAGAUGAUUGAUGUCGAGAUGUUCACUACUCUUGCUAGCCUAAUCAUUGAUAGCGCCGACUGUGUUCGCUCCUAUUUCGUUAAACGUUUGAACAAAGGAAUAAUGAGGAACAGGCUCACUGUUGAAUACUUGGCACUCUUCUCGCUGGUUGAUUUAUUAACCAUUACUACCGAUGAGGAGGAAUCGACCGUCAAGUCGUAUCGUGAACAGUGCCGCGCAUUUCUCACUUCGGCCGUGAACAGGAGACGACGCCUCAUUCAAUCUGCAGGAUUCUCCCCUAUGUAUCUACCAUACCAUCAACCGGAAUAUGCUAUCGCGUACUCUAUAUGGCUUCUCGCCCAGCAGCCAAUGCUUACUGGUCAUACAGAUUUGAGAAAUCUGGCCAUUUUGCAAGAAUGUUUAUGGUUCGUAAUGGAACCAUUCAUGUCCAAAAAGGAGAGCACAGAUUUCGAAUUCAUCUAUCGAAUGUUGCAAGACGUGAAAGAAUCAAAUGAUGCACACCAUGAGAAGAGACGCAAAAAUGGCGAGAUAGGUCAGGCUGAGGUCGUUGGACAAAGCAAGAAGAUGUGGGCAUUGGCCGAUUUGGGCAUGCUGAUGUUGACCUAUAGAGGAAAGGUCACUAUACGACAUGAACCACGCAAGCCACUUUUGUCUAGCCGAUUUUUCGUUCGCGACAAAAAUUCCGAACAUGCGGGAACGGUUUGUGCUCCUCAUGAAUUGAUCGAGGAUGAGAAGGAGAGAAAUGGUAAACCGCCUACAGAGUUGAAACGACGUUUGCUUAACACAACCAAUGUCACGUUGUCAAAAACGAAGGCCGGCUCCAAGAAAACAAAGAAACUUCACAGUCCUCGUGUAAACGCCAGCAAAGCUCGAAAUCGCGGCGAUUCCGUUUCUUCACCGAAAAGCAUUGCAAGCCCUGUGACAACACGAAAGAAAAACGCAGACGCUGAAAAAGACGCGCAUCGUGAAGCCAUUUCAUCACCGGAUAGUAGUGUUCAUAGUCCAACUACUACUAAUCGCAAAAGGAACCUCCACGAUGAGAAGGAUAAGGAUCACGGGGACGCUGUCUCUUCUCCAAAGAGCAAGAGCGAUGCUGGCCUUACUCGCAGCAGGAGAGAUCGAAAGACUGCGAAAGAUGAACAAGAGAACAUGGUAGUGCAAGAGAAAUCGCGGCAACGGAACAAGAAAACGGUUUCAUCGCCAGGACCUUCACCACCCAGUUCCCGU